AUAUGGCUUACUGCUUCAGAUGCCCAGAAGACCAAUUUCCAAACAAGGACAACAAUGAAUGUAUCACUAAAGUUACAACUUUCCUAUCUUACGAUGACCCUCUAGGGAUCACUUUUGCCACGGUUGCUAUUUCAGUUUCCACGAUCACGGUUGUGGUUUUAGCAACUUUUAUUACGCACAAAGAUACACCCAUUGUCAAAGCCAACAACCGAGGCCUCACCUAUACCCUCCUCAUUUCCCUCCUGCUCUGCUUCCUAUCUUCCUUCUUAUUUCUUGGCAAACCUGGGAAAGUGACCUGCCUCCUCCGACAAACAGUGUUUGGUAUCAUCUUCUCAGUGGCUGUUUCUUGUGUAUUGGCCAAAACCAUCACUGUGGUGAUAGCAUUCAUGGCCACAAAACCUGGGUCCAGCAUGCGGAAGUGGGUAGGGAAAAGACAGGCACAUUCUGUGGUCCUUUCCUGUUCCCUCAUUCAGGCAAGUAUUUGUACCUCAUGGUUGGCAACCUCUCCCCCAUUCCCUGAUUUAGACAUGCAGUCGGUAACUGGAGAAAUUAUUGUGCAAUGUAAUGAAGGGUCAGUUGCCAUGUUUUAUUGUGUCUUGGGUUACAUGGGCUUGUUGGCCAUUUCCAGCUUCACUGUGGCAUUCCUAGCCCGCAAGUUACCAGAUAGUUUUAAUGAAGCCAAGUUCAUUACAUUCAGCAUGUUGGUCUUUUGCAGUGUGUGGUUGUCCUUUGUUCCUACCUACCUGAGUACAAGAGGGAAAGACAUGGUAGCUGUGGAGAUUUUCUCCAUCUUAGCUUCCAGUGCUGGGUUACUGGGUUGCAUUUUUGCCCCUAAGUGCUAUAUCAUUUUGUUCAGGCCCCAGCUGAACAACAGAGAACAACUAAUAAGAAAAAAA